AUGACUAUAACAUCAUCCACCACAACUACCAGCAGAACAAAAAAUAAUUCAGAUACUGACACUGAAAAACCAGUAACGUGUAACCGAAAAACACGGACAUAUUCUCGUACUCAACGAAUAAAGGUCACUACAGUAGGAAAAGCUAUUAGUACAUCAUCAAGAAAAAAUUCAACACAAGAGAAACAACGAUAUGGAAACUGUUCAAAAUGUAAAGAAAGUGACGUUAAUAUGAAAAUAUUGGGUGAACAUGUUGAAAGACUUGAACAAUUAGUCAAUGACCUCGCCAAGACAGCCAAGUGUGAUGACAGAUCAUCAACAUACAGUGGACAAAAGUUAAGGUGCCUUCCUGAUCUAUCGAAUUGUAGUCUUGAAGACUUACAAAAACUUAUGAUAAACACCACAAAUAUUAUGUUUCCUCAAAAAUCUUCAAAAGUCGUUGAUAAAUCCAGUAACGAACAAGUUUGUAAAACCGUACCUAUUCCAGUUCUUAAAGCUAACUUUCAUGCUGAACCUAUGGAAGAUGUUUCUUAUAUUUCAAAUGAUAAAUCUCCAAUUUCUAAAUUAAAUGCAUUUCGUCAAGAUUCAGGAUUUUCAGAAUCUAAAGCUGGUAUUGAUCAUUGUUAA